AUCAUUCCAGGCACCUUUUUUUCAAAGAAUAUCAUCAUCAAACCCAAUCCAAUCCAUUAUCUCUUCUGCUCUCUGCUUUUUUAUAUAGUAUUAGUGUUAGAUAUUCUCCGCCCAUAAGCCAUUUGGUAUGAUUCUUCCAAUGAUGGGAUCGUCUUCUUCGCCUGAUAAACUGUCAGCCAACAAGGAAAGGGUAGCGAAAGAGCUUGUUCAAGGCCAAGAAUUUGCAACCCAACUUCAAAUUCUCCUCAAGAAACCGUAUGGAGAAAAUUGUUUUCUUACAACCGAGGCUCAUCAAUAUGAGCUUCUACUCAAGAUCUUAGCAUCUUUCACACAGGCUCUUUCCCUGGUUACUACUUGUGAUUCUGUUGAGGUUUGUCAGAAUCUAGCAGCUUCACCAGCGGACUCAGUUUGUUGUGACGACCGGAGGUCUGAAAAUUCCGGGGAGAGCAGGAGGAAACCUACUGCCAACAGGAGGGGUUGUUACAGGAGAAAAAAGACUUCCCUGUCAUGGACAACAGUCUCUGCUGCAAUAGGAGAUGCUCAUACAUGGAGAAAAUAUGGGCAAAAGGAGAUCCUCAAUGCUAAGUACCCAAGGAGUUACUUCAGGUGCAUCCACAAGUACGAUCGAGGUUGCAAAGCAACAAAACAAGUCCAGAAAGUGGAAGAAGAUCCACAAAUGUACUGCACAACUUACAUUGGGCACCACACCUGCAGCGAUAUUCUCAAGUAUCCACAAACUAUCACAACAGUUUCUGAUAAUAAUCCUUGGGAACCCAGUUACAUGGUCAUCGCUUCCGAUUCAAAGAAUAUUCCUACUGGUGUACUUGAUCAUCACCACCAUCCAACAAAGCAAGAAUAUAAAGCAGAAACCCCGAGCGAUCUAACUGAUAAUCUUCCAUCUCUGGACUCUAUCAUGUGGAAAGAUUUCGUGGCACUCGAAUCAACUGAGGCAGCGAACCUGCGUUCUGAUUAUACAGCAGCAAGUUCUAUGGAGGCGACUUGUCAGAGUCUGGACAUGGAUUUUGUGGUCAAAUCUAUUGAUUUUGAUAAUGAUUUUCGUUUUGAUGAAAGUGGAAUUUUUUAAGCUAUAGGCAGAUAAGGCUGUCCUUAAUUUGUGUAUAUAGUUAGUAAUCUAGUAUCAGCAGAUCAUUUAUAUUAAUUAACAAAAACCAUCAAGAAACCAUAAUGUAAUAAUAAGUAGUUUGUUUCUCAAUA